AAAUAGCACUAUGGCUCAUUCAAAGACAAGAGCCAAUGAUGGAAAAAUUACAUAUCCUCCAGGAGUUAAAGAAAUAUCUGACAAAAUUUCAAAAGAAGAGAUGGUACGAAGAUUAAAAAUGGUUGUAAAAACCUUUAUGGAUAUGGACCAGGACUCUGAAGAGGAAAAAGAGUUGUAUCUAAAUCUUGCUUUACAUCUUGCGUCUGAUUUUUUUCUUAAGCAUCCUGACAAAGAUGUACGCUUGCUUGUUGCAUGUUGUCUUGCUGAUAUUUUUAGAAUAUAUGCUCCUGAAGCACCAUAUACUUCACCUGAUAAACUUAAGGAUAUAUUUAUGUUCAUCACAAGACAACUGAAAGGAUUAGAAGAUACAAAAAGUCCACAAUUCAACAGAUAUUUUUAUUUAUUAGAGAAUAUUGCAUGGGUUAAAUCUUACAACAUAUGCUUUGAACUAGAAGAUAGCAAUGAAAUUUUUACGCAACUGUACAGAACAUUAUUUUCUGUGAUCAACAAUGGUCAUAACCAGAAGGUUCAUAUGCAUAUGGUAGAUUUGAUGAGUUCUAUCAUUUGUGAAGGUGAUACAGUAUCUCAAGAACUUUUGGAUACAGUUUUAGUUAAUCUAGUCCCUGCACAUAAGAAUUUAAACAAACAAGCAUAUGACUUGGCAAAGGCUUUACUGAAGAGAACAGCCCAGGCUAUUGAACCAUACAUUACUAAUUUCUUUAAUCAAGUGCUUAUGCUAGGAAAAACAUCCAUCAGUGAUCUCUCAGAGCAUGUUUUUGAUUUAAUUUUGGAGCUAUAUAAUAUUGACAGCCAUCUUUUACUCUCAGUUUUGCCACAGCUUGAGUUUAAACUUAAGAGCAAUGACAACGAGGAACGACUUCAGGUUGUAAAACUUCUUGCAAAAAUGUUUGGAGCAAAAGAUUCAGAGCUGGCAGGUCAGAACAAACCCCUUUGGCAAUGCUACUUGGGAAGAUUUAAUGAUAUACAUGUACCUAUCCGUCUUGAAUGUGUGAAAUUUGCCAGUCACUGCCUUAUGAACCAUCCGGAUCUAGCGAAAGAUCUAACAGAAUAUCUUAAAGUGAGAUCUCAUGACCCUGAAGAAGCUAUUAGGCAUGAUGUUAUUGUAUCAAUAGUUACUGCUGCUAAGAAAGAUCUCCUACUUGUGAAUGAUCAUCUGCUUAAUUUUGUGAGAGAACGAACACUUGACAAACGGUGGAGGGUGAGAAAAGAAGCUAUGAUGGGACUUGCACAGAUAUACAAGAAAUAUUCUUUACAGUCAGAAGCUGGAAAAGAAGCUGCUAAACAAAUUGCUUGGAUUAAGGACAAAUUGUUGCAUAUAUAUUACCAGAACAGUAUUGAUGAUCGAUUGCUGGUAGAACGCAUCUUUGCUCAGUAUAUGGUUCCACAUAAUUUGGAAACAAAUGAAAGAAUGAAGUGCUUAUACUACCUUUACGCAACACUUGAUUCUAAUGCUGUUAAGGCACUGAAUGAAAUGUGGAAAUGUCAAAAUUUACUGAGGCAUCAAGUAAAAGAUUUGGUUGAUUUAAUCAAGCAGACAAAGUCAGAUGCCAGCAGUAAAGCUAUAUUUUCCAAAGUGAUGGUAAUAACAAGAAAUUUGCCAGAUCCUGGCAAAGCACAGGAUUUCAUGAAGAAAUUCACUCAAGUUCUGGAAGAUGACGACAAAAUAAAACACCAGUUGGAAAUGCUUGUUAGCCCAAGUUGUUCAUGCAAACAAGCUGAAGGAUGUGUGCGUGAAAUUACAAAGAAGUUAGGCAAUCCCAAGCAACCUACAAACCCUUUUCUGGAAAUGGUAAAGUUCCUUUUAGAGAGGAUAGCUCCUGUGCACAUUGAUACCGAAUCCAUCAGUGCCCUUAUUAAACAAGUGAACAAAUCCAUAGAUGGAACAGCAGAUGAUGAAGAUGAAGGUGUCCCUACUGAUCAGGCAAUUAGAGCAGGUCUUGAAUUGCUUAAGGUUCUUUCGUUUACCCACCCUAUCUCAUUCCAUUCAGCUGAAACAUUUGAGUCACUCCUGGCCUGUUUAAAAAUGGAUGAUGAAAAAGUAGCUGAAGCUGCAUUACAGAUUUUUAAGAACACAGGAAGCAAAAUUGAGGAGAAUUUUUUACACAUACGAUCAGCUUUGCUUCCAGUUUUGCAACAUAAAGCUAAAAAAGGUCCUCCUCAACAGGCCAAAUAUGCCAUUCACUGCAUCCAUGCAAUAUUCUCCAGUAAAGAAACACAAUUUGCACAGAUAUUUGAGCCGCUACAUAAGAGUCUCGAUCCAAGUAAUCUGGAACAUCUGAUUACACCACUGGUUUCCAUUGGCCACAUAGCCUUGUUGGCACCUGAUCAGUUUGCUGCCCCGCUGAAAUCUUUGGUGGCUACAUUUAUAGUUAAAGAAUUGUUAAUGAGUGACAGGAUGCCAGGAAAAAAAACAACUAAGCUAUGGGUUCCAGAUGAAGAGGUUUCUCCUGAGACUCUUGUAAAGAUCCAGGCAAUUAAAAUGAUGGUUCGAUGGUUACUAGGAAUGAAGAAUAAUCACAGUAAAUCAGGAACAUCUACAUUAAGACUGUUAACAACAAUCUUGCACAGUGAUGGAGAUCUAACUGAACAGGGGAAAAUUAGCAAACCUGAUAUGUCUCGUCUAAGGCUAGCUGCUGCUAGUGCUAUUGUCAAACUGGCACAGGAACCUUGUUAUCAUGAAAUCAUCACAUUAGAACAGUACCAACUUUGUGCAUUAGCCAUCAAUGAUGAGUGUUACCAAGUUAGACAAGCAUUUGCUCAGAAACUUCAUAAAGGUCUAUCAAGACUCAGGUUACCACUGGAAUAUAUGGCUAUUUGCGCAUUGUGUGCAAAAGACCCAGUAAAGGAGAGAAGAGCUCAUGCCAGACAGUGCCUAGUAAAAAACAUAAAUGUGAGAAGAGAAUAUCUGAAGCAGCACGCAGCGGUUAGUGAGAAACUUUUGUCACUUCUACCAGAGUAUGUUGUUCCAUAUACUAUCCAUCUUCUGGCACAUGAUCCUGAUUAUGUCAAAAUCCAAGACAUUGAACAAUUAAAAGAUAUUAAAGAAUGUCUCUGGUUCAUACUGGAAAUAUUAAUGGCUAAAAAUGAAAAUAAUAGUCAUGCAUUUAUCAGAAAAAUGGUAGAGAAUAUUAAACAGACUAAAGAUGCUCAAGGACCUGAAGACACAAAAAUGAAUGAAAAACUUUAUACAGUAUGUGACAUAGCAAUGAACAUCAUAAUAUCAAAGAGCACAACAUAUAGUUUGGAAUCUCCCAAAGACCCUGUAUUACCUGCUCGAUAUUUCACUCAACCUGACAAAAAUUUCAGUAAUACCAAAAACUAUCUGCCUCCAGAAAUGAAAUCAUUUUUUACUCCAGGAAAGCCCAAAGCAGCCAAUGUUCUUGGGGCAGUUAAUAAGCCCCUUUCAUCAGCAGGCAAGCAAUCUCAAUCUAAAUCUUCUCGGAUGGAAACUGUAAGCAAUGCUAGUAGCAAUUCAAACCCAAGUUCACCUGGAAGAAUCAAAGGAAGGCUCAGAGCUGGAAAAGCCCAGAAGUAGAAAGAAAAUGAUUACAGAUCCUGAAGAAAAGUUGGUUAUGGAUGACCUGAGCAAAUUAGGACAAGAAUCAAAGCUUAGAAGUAGUCAGCGAGGCAGAAAAAGAGCCGCAGUUAUUUCAGAGUCUGAGGAACCCCAGUGGUCAGAGGAAAAGAGGCUAAAAGAGAGUAUCUUAGAAAGUGAAGAUGAACAAAACAGCCCACCAAAGAAGGGAAGAAGAGGGCGACCUCCAAAGGCAGCUACAGGAAGCAUACAAAAAGAAGAAUCAACAGUAAAAACAACUAAAAGAGGGAGAAAAAAAGCUGCACCAGUUAAACCUAUGGAGGAGGAGGAAGAAGAGGAGGAAGAAGAGGAGGAGGAAGAAAGGCAAAUAGACAGCAUAGAACAGAAGUCAAAAGGUCGACAGAAUAAAGCACCCAAAAAAUCACAACAAAGAUCUGAAUCAUCAGAAAUAAGUACAGCUGAGUCCAACCAGUCUACACCACAAAAAAGACGAGGAAGACCACCAAAAGUUCCACCUACUCAGCAGAAGAAAGGAGGAGCUGGACGAUCAAAACAAACAGCAAGCAAAGAAAAUGAAUCUAGCGAAGAGAUGGACGUAUUUCAAAGUAGUUCUCCCGUUCACGAUAUUUCUCAAGAAGUAACAAUGGAGGAAGAAGACGUGUCCUCAAUCAGAGUUCGUCGGAGAACAUCUAAAAGGGAAAGACGAUGAAGAGUCAUGUUCCUGCCAUUUUUCAGUGAUGUCGCUCUUAUCAUUUGCAAACUUUUAGGCUGAAGAGAAUUGUUGAUACUCACAAUGGGAUUGCUGAAGAAAUUAAAUCACUCUUUAUUUCCUGCCCCUGCUUUUUGAAGCUCCUAGGUCAUGAGCAUAAUCCACACAUAUGUUUAUAUCAUUAACUAUGGGGUUUUGUGAAAUGUAACGUAUGCUGGCUAUAUAGACAAAAGAACUAAAAAAAACUGUCUGUAAAUAAUCCUUUUUUAAAAAAUAUUUCUGACUUUAAAGUGCUUGUAUAGCUUUUAUCACGGCUUUACACAACAGUACCAGACUGUUUGGUAGAGCUAUUGAUUUGGAAAAAAAGACAAAAAAAAAAGUAAGAAUGGGUAUCAAGCAAUAUUUGUCAGUGUCUGUAUUCUUAUUUUUCUUGGCAUUUAACUGUGAAAAAAAAUCACUUUGACAAAAUAGUGACACCUGCUCUGACACUAUUCGUUAGAAAAUAAAAGAAAAUACAUUCUCUUUAUGUAUCUAAUUCAGUGUUUACCUUUGGCAGUUGUCUGUCUUUGGAGGUGCCAAAUUGCUUUUAAACAAUGUCGGAUAAAACAGUAUAUCCAACUGCAGAUGUGUGAAAGAAUAGUCUUUUAAUGCACCUCAGUAUUGAUAACAGAUUUCUCUGGAAUUCUUGUGGCAUUGAGCAUUUAAAAGAAUUUACUAUUUUAAUUUUUAAAAUGUGUUAUUAAAUAAUGUAACGAAAGCUGAUCCUCAUAUUUUCCCUUAUUAGUUUUUGUUAAUCUGCUGUAUCAAUAAAAUUCUGUAACUGAAUUUUUAAUAGUCUAGUAUGUCAAUGUGUAUAUUCCCUCCUGAACAUUAUGUUCAUCAAAUUAUUAUGUUAUAAUAUGAAACCUAAUAUCUGAGCUUUAGUGAAAAUACAGGUUUUAUUACCAUGUAAAUCAGAAAAUUUUAUUGAUGCAGUCUGUCUUUAUAAAGCUGUUUUUUCUUCAGAGCCAAGUGUUUUGUAUAUCACAGUAAGUUGCAUGUUUACGAAAGAAAUGUAAUGGAAUUGCAAUGUAAUUUUUAAAUUCUUAUCUAGAAGAUGCUACAUUGCCUCAUGAGAAAAACUUUUACCAAGAGUCUAUUGUACCUUUUUUUUGGUUAGCCAAUGUUUUUAUGUUUGUGUGCUUGGAUAUAAGCAUGGACGUUGGAAGAUUGAAGUUAUAAGAAAUGUGUUUGCAUUUGAAUGAUCAGUUGCAAAAUAUUUCAGUCAGGGUAUUCAAAAAUUUGUAUGACAUUUCAGUAUAUGUUUUACAUUGAAGUGAUUGAACUUUAUUUCUUUGGUAGAAUUACAGAAAAUAGAGGAAAAACUAUUUUAAGACAUUGUCAUGUAUGCAGUUUUCCAAACUGUGUUUGAACCAAAAUGUAUAGGUUACUAUUUAUGCUUAGCCAUGCACAUUUUAUGGUUUCCUAUGCUGUUUUCCUCCUGUUCAGUAGCAGUAUAUGGGAGGAAUUCAAGUUUUAACUUAUUAAUGUUGUAUCUCAUGGAAUAAUGGAGCAUUGUCAUAAGUUAACAAAGACAUCUAUGUUAUAAUUCCAAGGGAAUAUACAUAUCCUGGGAAAAGAUGAAAAGACACCAUGAUUUGAAAACAUGUUUGCAAGUAUAUUUUUUAGAGGAAAACCAACUUUUUUCUAAGCUUUUUUAUUAUAAUUUGUAUUGAUUUUUUUUAAGCCACAGCAAUAGACAAAGGCAAACAGUUUGUGUUUAUCAAGCUGUUCUACUUAAGUGCUUUUCUAGUAGCUCUUUUAGCUAGUAAUUAUUGUUCUUGAGCUAUAUUGUAUUUUUAUGCCCAUAAUUUUGGGUAACAACAAUCAAAGAAAUAUUAACUAGAGGUGGUUCUGAAGACUACAAAAUUGCCCACACAAUGUAACCUCAAUGGUUCAUAGAAUUUAGCAGUGCAAAUUAAGAGUUUUUAUAUCUACAAAAUAAAAACAUAAUGUAUGAUAUUAUCUUCACUGAUAACAUUUCACUGACAUCAUUUUGCAGAGUAUAUCUAAACCAUUUUAUAUGAAGUAUGAAACAUUAAAAACUGUUCACAGGCUUUUGAAGAUUUAUUUGCAUGAACAUAGUUUGAUCACAUUUCCUUAAUAUUGCUGAAAUCAGUUAAUCAUAAGAUAUUAAUGUAAAUUAAAUAUAUAAUUUGACAUUCGAAAUGUUUAUUUCUUGGAAUAUAAUGUGUACUUAGGAAAAUAGGUGCAGAUGGGAUAAUAUGUUAAACUUUUUAGGUUUUAUUCUCAAACAAAUAUAAUGCAUAUGUUAUGUACUAACACGUUGGGAUUUUAAUACAGUGAAGUAAAAUAAUACAUAAAGAGACUGGAUGCUAAGAUUCAGUCAGUAUUCAUUAUGUUCAUUUUUUUGGUAUGUAUUACAUUAAACAAAAAUUGAGCUCA